GCACACGCGCACGCACGCACGAGUCCCUCCUUCCGCAUUAUCACUUCCCCGUCGCCCGCCCGCGCGCGCGCGCGCCAAUUAUCCCGGCCCAUGCACGACUAGAGUUUACCCGAGUCCUGACUCUCCUCUUGAGCACGCGCCCAAAUAAGCCUUGGUUCGUGCGUGCCAUCUAUCAUCCCAUCCAUGGCGCUGGCGCCUCUGCCGUGAGCAGGAGGAGGCUGGCAGGCGCAGCAGGGACGACGACACCACGUCAAAAGCAACAGACCUUCCUUUUUAUAGCGCGAGCCCUUUGUUUAGCCUCCGAUUCUCAAGUUUUAAUCCCAGCAUCGUGCUUCCCUCCGGCCUCUCUCUGCGUGUGUAAUUUAUCCCUCCUCCGGCCUGCUACGCCGCACCGCACCGCACCGGGGGCGGCCUUGGUGUGCAUGGGCGCCGCGGCGCCAUGACGACCACAGCUGCCAUGAACGUGGCCGUCACGCAGCUAUGUGCCCGGGGUCGCCGGCGCAGGCCGGCCGCGCUGCGCCACGAUCACCGGUGGGCGCGCUUGCUCCGCCUCGCCGUCGCCACCAGGGCCGUGCGCCUCGUCUGGGACCAGCUUCUCGCCUGCUCCUCCUGCGGCGGGGGCGGUGGCGCCCGGUACCGCCGGCUCGGCCCGCCGCACGGACCGGACGUGCUGACCCCCGUCCCCAUGGAUGACGACGCCUGCGCGGGCGCUGCCGCCCACGCCGACGCCGACGACGACGCGGCGGAUGUCGAGGACGUGGUCGGCCUCAAGGUCAGCCUGCUCGGGGAUUGCCAGAUCGGCAAGACCAGCUUCAUGGUUAAGUAUGUUGGGGAUGGGGAGGAGCAGAACGGGGGCUUGCAGAUGACAGGCCUGAAUCUGAUGGACAAGACUCUGGCUGUUCGGGGCGCCAGGCUCGCCUUCAACAUCUGGGACGUGGCAGGAGACAGCCAGUCCGCCGACCACGUCCCGAUCGCGUGCAAGGACGCCGUGGCGAUCCUGUUCAUGUUCGAUCUCACCAGCCGGUGCACGCUUAAUAAUGUUACCGAUUGGUACGAGAGGGCCAGGAAAUGGAAUAAGACGGCUAUUCCAAUCCUAAUAGGAACGAAGUUUGACGACUUCGCUCAGCUUCCUCUUGAGAUGCAAUGGACCAUUGUCGAUCAGGCCAGAGCAUACGCAAGAGCGAUGAAGGCGACCCUCUUCUUCUCGAGCGCGACGCACAACAUCAACGUGAACAAGAUCUUCAAGUUCAUCACGGCCAAGCUCUUCAACCUCCCUUGGACGGUGGAGCGGAACCUCACCGUCGGCGAGCCCAUCAUAGACUUCUGAACACCAACUAACCACUCCUCCCCCGCCCUACGACUACGACUACGACUAACCAACCUCUCGCCGCCGCUCGCGCGGUGCGCAGCGUUGUACAUAGGUGUACGUUGAGUUGGUUAUGGUUCAUGUACAUGUGCAUGCCUUCUUCCUGGAGAGGAAACCGCGAGGUGUUGGUCGCUCCAUGCAUCUCGCAUGUACACGCAUGUAUAGGGAAUCCAUGCAUGUAAUAUACACGCCCCGUUUUCCCACUUCACAGGAUAACUGUGCGUUGUGCGAUCGUGUGGCGUAGUGGUAGCUCGCACGGACCACGGCCCGGCCUGUGCACGAAUGAUGCAGAUUCAAGAUCUUUUCGACUUCAGUCUUUA